AAUUUAUCUACAGUUGGUAAGAACAUAAAACUUUGGCCAACAGAUGAUAUUGUUGUGAUAUAAAUUUGACAGGUUAAAUAGAAAAUAAGGAAUAUUUUACAUAUAAUAUAUAUGAUAUUAUCUAGAAGUCUCUUACUUCCUGGUAAACUAUUAUAAUUAUUCUAAAUAUGCGAUAAAAAUGCAACAAAAUUCUAGACAAUAACACUCAAGGACAAUAGCUUAUUCCCCACUAUGACUCGUUUUCACGUGUCCGGCACUCACACGAUUAACAUUUUUUAACGAAGAGAAGUGAUCGGUAAGCCUGAACACGCUAAAGACGAUUAAAAGCAGUAUAGAUCCAUGACAUAGGUCAUGGCGAGAUAUUUCUAUCAGUUCCAUCAAUGAAAGACGUCGCGGUAUAUUACUCUGAAUUGGCAAUAUGAGUGAACCAAGUUUACAAUGGGAGGAUUAUUUGGUCAUAGCAGCCACAUUAAUCAUAAGUAUAGGCAUUGGUAUUUACUAUCGUUUCAGUGGUGGACGUCAAAAGACUAUGGAGGAAUAUUUCGUAGCUGGCAGAUCAAUGAGUAUCAUUCCUGUUGGAGUAGCACUUGUAGUAUCCUUUAUGUCAGCUAUUACUUUAUUAGGUGUUUCUGCAGAAAACUACACAUAUGGGACACAAUUUGUAGUAAUUAAUAUAUCAUAUCUCAUAGGAACACCGAUUGUUUGUUAUGGAUUUUUACCAGUAUUCUUUAAACUUCAAGCAACAAGUGCUUACGAGUAUCUAGAAAAACGCUUUGGUGUAAAAGCUAGGCUUAUGGCCAGUUUUGUGUACUGGAUUCAGUUACUUUUGUACUCAGGUGUUGUGCUUUAUGCGCCUGCUUUAGCGUUAGAAGCUACAACAGGAAUUUCUAAGACAGCCAGCAUUAUUAUUAUUGGAUUAGUUUGUACCUUCUACUCGAGUAUAGGAGGCAUUAAAGCGGUUCUAAUAACAGACGUAUUUCAAGGGAUACUUAUGUUUGUUGCUGUUUUUAUUAUUAUUGGCACAGCUGCCAAUGAAGUUGGAGGAUUAGGUGAAAUUUGGCGCAUAGCAGAGGCUGGUGGUAGAGUUGAAUUUGACAGUAUUUCUCCAGAUCCAACAGUGAGACAUACAUGGUGGUCUCUUAUUAUUGGAGGCUUGUGUACAUUUUUAUCAUUGUAUGGUGUGAACCAAGUACAAGUACAACGCUUAUUGACUGUGAAAGACCUGAAAGCAGCACAAACUGCACUUUGGAUAGCAUGGCCAGUUUUAACUGUACUUUCAAUGACUACGUGUUUCUCAGGAUUGGCAAUAUAUAGUAAAUAUUACACAUGUGAUCCUCUUAAAAUGAAAAAAAUAACAUCAUCUGAUAUGUUGAUGCCAUACUAUGUUAUGGACACCAUGUCUGAUAAACCUGGCAUACCAGGCCUCUUUAUAGCAGGUAUUUUUAGUGCUGGUCUCAGCACAAUUUCAGCAGCUUUGAAUUCUUUAGCUGCAGUAACUUUAGAAGAUUAUUUAAAACCUGCCUAUAGGAAAUGUCGUGGCGAUGACUUCUCUCUUACAGUUUCAACAACUCUAGCUAAAUUGCUUGCUUUCAUAUGUGGAAUUAUUUCCAUUGCUUUGGCAUUCUUAGCUCAAUUGUUGGGUGGUGUAUUACAGGUUAGCCUAACCAUAUUUGGUGUGGUGGGGGGUCCACUUUUAGGACUCUUCACACUUGGAAUGCUCACUGAAUCAGCAACAGAAACUGGAUCUGUAACAGCUGCUAUUGGAUCAUUAGUUUUUCUAUUUUGGAUCGCCUUUGGGCAACCUAGACCAAUUCCACCAACAUUGCCAGUGUCCAUUGAUGGUUGUUACACGAAUACAACUAUAUCUAUGUUGCAUCAAGCUGCAAAGUUUGCGAAACCAACAGGUGAUUCAUCCUACUUUUAUCUCUAUCGGAUCUCCUACAUGUGGUACUGUCCACUAGGAUUUGUGAUGACAUUCGUCUUAGGACUGUUACUUAGUUAUUUUCUUAACAUGCUACACAAGAGACAAAAGGCUGAAUUGGAUCCAAAUCUUUAUUUUCCCAUAAUAGGGAACCGUAUUCGGCGUAGACAAGCGAUUCUAAAAACAGAUGACGGCGAGACAGUACACGAUACGGCGAAGUACACAUUUACUGUCGUCUCCCGUGACGACACAGACAAUAGUGGCGAAGUUAGCAGCACCAGAAUAUAGUACACUUUUAUUGAUUCUCAUUUAAUUUCUUUUUCGUUAAUUCAUUGUAUGGCAUCUUAGAUAUUAGACAUUCCACACGUAAUUGAAGGUAUAGAAAUUGGUUAUGUCAGCGGUUUCCAUAUUUUUAUUAAUUGAUAAGCUAAAAAUAUGGCGGGAAUUGCGACGUCAUUGUAGUGGGAUUGAUAAAUUGUGAUUGAAAGGGGAAAAUAUUGUAUUUUAAUUGUAGAUGGGAUUUUCUCUUAGUAUUUUAAAUAUUGUUUUCGUAAUUUCGUAUUCGUGGCACUCCUUUAAAGUUCCUAACCGAGACUACUACUCAGUGUCACGUAAAGCAAUCUUCAAGGGACUCCCCCUCGCAGAAUUUCUCAAAUUUUACGAAAUUACGAGGACAACACUGUAUUUCGUUCGUAGCUUUUUAGUCACACUUACGGUUUCGGUUUUUAUGAUAUUUAUAAGUUUAGCUGAGCGUCAGCUGGUCUGGUGAACUGCGUAAACUUUUAGAUUCUUUGUGUUGAAGCUCUAACAUAUGUUAUUAUUAUAUGAACGUGUACUUAAUUGCCGAACGUCUUCCUAGACUGCCAUUUUUGUAUAUUUUCUACUUUUUAAACGCAAGAAGCAAUGUCAACGAUCAUGACCAAACAAGACGUUGUGCUUUCAGUGCGUUGUUCGUGAAUCACCGUACAAAAUAACAUAACUUUACUGACUUAAACAGUAUAUUCAACGUGUGUACUUAAUUGGAUUUCAUAAACGCGAGCUAGUUUAUACAAUAUUAAAUACUAAAAAAAAACUUGAUGAUGUUUAUACAAUAGAAGGUACAGACAUUUUGUAUGCACCGUUAAGUAUGCUAAGAGAAGCAGCAUGUAUUUUUUUAUGCUCAACGAUAAAGUAUUAAUAGCAUUUAAAGCAUAGAAAUUGUUGUCCAAUGUAUACCAAAACGAUGUACAAUAAAGUAACAUGUGUGCGUUUGUGUGUGAUCGUAUGAAAGAAAUGUAACAACGACAGUUCUUUCUAUUUUGCUAUUAAUUUAUCUUGAUGAAGAGUGAAGUAGAUAAUUAGAAUGAAGUACAAGGCAAUUGAGCAGCAGGAAUGAGAAUUCGUCUGGCUAUAACCAAAUCGAUUUAACUGUGCUGAGCAAACCCCCACUGUCACAUAUAAUUCCAAUUAAAAAACGAAUUGUGAUUCCUUUUAUCAUCGACCUUAUCAUUAGUAACACAAUAACAUCAUGCAAAACUGUUACUGUUUCAAAGAAUAAAAAGGCUUCUUCAAUGCA